UUAGAUAGUGAGGCGUCAGCUCUCUACGGUUUCUGUGAAAACUUUACUCUCCUCCAUGUCUGUACCACUAGAGCGGAUUCAUGAUUUGGGUGAUAUUGAUGGUGAUGAGUGGAGGAUGGUGGAGAAGAAAGGAAACCAAUUCAUGGUUAAUGACCAGCCCUUUUACAUUAAUGGGUUCAAUACCUACUGGUUGAUGGUCUUUGCCGUUGAUCAAUCAACCAGGGGCAAGGUCAGUGAGAUCUUCCGAGAGGCCUCUUCUGUGGGUCUUACUGUCUGUAGGACUUGGGCUUUUAACGAUGGCCAAUGGAGAGCACUUCAGAAAUCUCCUUCAUUUUACGACGAAGACGUUUUCAAGGCACUGGAUUUUGUAAUCAGUGAGGCCAAGAAGUACAAGAUCAGGCUUAUCUUGUCCUUGGUUAACAAUUGGGAGGCAUAUGGAGGCAAAGCACAAUAUGUAAAAUGGGGAAAUGCUGAUGGCCUGAAACUAUCUUCAGAUGAUGAUUUUUUCUCCGAUUCUACUCUUAAAACCUACUAUAAGAAUCAUGUCAAGACAGUUCUUAAUAGAGUCAACACAUUAACAAAUGUGACCUACAAGGACGACCCCACAAUUUUCGCUUGGGAGUUGAUGAAUGAGCCUCGAUGUCCCUCGGAUCCUUCUGGGGAUAAAUUGCAGGCCUGGAUACAAGAAAUGGCAAUCUAUGUGAAAACGAUUGACCCAAAUCAUCUAUUGGAGAUCGGAUUGGAAGGAUUUUAUGGUUCCUCAACGCCUGAUAGAGUUCAUUUCAACCCAAACACAGUUGCUCAACAAGUGGGAACAGAUUUUAUUCGGAACCACCGAGCUCUGGGUGUUGAUUUUGCCUCUGUUCACAUCUAUGCAGACUCUUGGAUUUCGCAAUCAAUUUCUGAUGCUCACAUCCAAUUUGUCAAGUCAUGGAUGGGAGCUCACAUCGAAGAUGCUGAGAAGACACUUGGAAUGCCUGUUGUCUUUGCCGAGUUUGGUGUAUCAGUAAGAGAUGCUGGUUAUAAUGCUUCAUUCAGAGAUACCCUUAUUAGUACAGUCUACAACACCAUCUUGGCAUCCACAAAGAAAGGAGGGAGUGGUGGUGGGAGCCUUUUAUGGCAACUUUUUCCAGAUGGAACAGAUUACAUGGACGAUGGGUAUGCAAUUGUUCUCUCUAAAUCCCAAUCGACAUCAAAUAUCAUUUCUCUCCAAUCUACAAGGCUUAUGAUCUUCAAUUCCCUGUGUUCUAUGAGGUGCCAUUGGGGAUGCAAGAAAAAGAAUGUUUUGGAUGGCUUUCUUUACCUUAAUGAUCUUUGAAAUGAUGUAUUAAUCAUAUAUUACAUAUAAGUCAAUGAACUUGAUUGAGAUUGUAAAUUUUACUGCUACAUAUUAUCAGGUAUUUGUUUAUUAUGUAAAUAAGGAUCUCUUCUCUCUCUCU